AAUGUGUAUCGUUAAGAGAGCGUAUCCUGGUGCUUGCUUGAUAAAUCCAUGUCAGUUGCUGGAUGUCUUGUAGCCUGCGAGAUUCGGUCGUGAUGGGUUGCUGGGGUUUGUGACCAGAGGAGAGAGUGUCUGCUUGCAUUUCGCAAUCAGGUACAGGGGAGCUGGGGUGCUGGCUUUACUCCCUGGUCGUUGCAUUGGCUAUGGUGGAUACGGAAUGACAUUCUAGGAAGUUUUUGGAUACAAGGAAGUAGAGGGAUUAAUCUCUGUCCUGUGGAAGGUGUCAUUUCUUCGGUGAUCUUGGAGGGUCAGUUUGUUCUUAGCUUAUUGAGAGGAAGAGUAGAGCAAUGUCCGGGUUACAAUUGCUAACCGUUGGCCUUGUGCCCGCCAAAUCGUCUGAAUUUGUUGGUUGCACGAAGUUCAGCCAAUGCAGUAAUCUCAGGCUGCCGGAAUCACGGUCGGUGCAAUGGGGCGUUUUUUCCCAUUCGUGGACCCAUUUUAGUCCAGCAGCGAUUUCUACUUCGGGACAGUUACGCGAGGGUUCUAAGCGGGGUCGGGGGGUUUGGUGUCGGGCUGUCGAGGUUGAGAAGCUUCCGGAGGUCGAUGGGACUUCUACCUUGAAAGAUCUCGAGAUCGAAGAAGUGACUGAGGAUCUGCAGCCUACUGUUGAGCGAGAUUUUACAGGGACACCAAAUAUCCCUAUCUAUGUUAUGCUACCACUGGGCACAAUCGGUCACGAUAACAAAGUAACGAAUCCAGACGAUUUAAGACAAAAGUUCAAUGCGUUGAAGACAGCUGAAGUGGAUGGAGUUAUGGUAGAUUGUUGGUGGGGUUUGGUGGAAGGCAAAGAACCCCAGCAUUAUGACUGGUCUGGAUAUAGGCAGCUAUUUACUAUGGUUCGCGACUGCGGCCUUAAAUUACAGGUGGUUAUGUCGUUCCAUCAAUGUGGUGGUAACGUAGGCGAUGACGUUUACAUCCCUAUUCCUCAGUGGGUUCUAGACAUUGGCAAAGACAAUCCUGACAUUUUCUUCACAGACAAGAGCGGUGUGGUUAACCCAGAGUGUCUUACUUGGGGUGUGGAUAAAGUUCGAGUUCUGCGGGGUCGAACAGCUCUUGAGGUUUAUUAUGAUUACAUGAGAAGCUUUCGGCAAGAAAUGGACGAAUUCUUCAUGGACAAAACUAUAACUGAAAUAGAAAUUGGGUUAGGUGCUUGUGGUGAGCUUCGAUACCCCUCCUACCCUGAAACGCGUGGGUGGAAGUAUCCCGGGAUAGGUGAAUUCCAGUGUUACGACAAGUACCUUUUGGAGGAUUUGCGAAAAGCAGCUGAAGCACGAGGGCACUCUCAUUGGACCAAACCUCCUAGCAAUGCAGGGGAGUACAAUUCUCGACCACAAGACACUGAGUUUUUCAGAGACGGAGGAGACUACGACAGCUACUACGGACGCUUCUUCCUGAAAUGGUACUCAGAUGUCCUAAUUCAACACGGGGACCGAGUCUUAACAUUUGCAAACAUCGCCUUCGAGGGUGUGAAAAUUGCCGCGAAGGUGUCUGGAAUUCAUUGGUGGUAUAAAACAGCUAGCCAUGCGGCGGAGCUUGCAGCUGGAUUCUACAAUCCUGCCAACCGCGAUGGUUAUGCAGCAAUUGCACAAAUGUUGGCUAAGCAUGGCGCUUCGUUCAAUUUCACUUGCGUUGAGCUUCGUACCCUAGCACAAGCAAAAGGCUACCCUGAAGCUUUGGCUGAUCCCGAAGGGCUUGUUUGGCAGGUCCUGAAUGCGGCCUGGGACGCGGGCAUCUCGGUUGCUAGUGAGAAUGCACUUGGCUGCUUUGACCGACAAGGAUACAACAAAAUUCUGGAGAAUGCUAAACCUGAGAAAGACCCUGAUGGCCGACACUUGGUUGCCUUCACCUACUUGAGACUGAGUGACGAGCUCAUGAAAGAACACAAUUUCAAAGAGUUUUCUCGAUUUGUCAAGCGUUUGCAUGGUAAGCCAGUCGAAAGUGACUAAGCAAGCAUUAUUGGAAGGAGGAAGCCAAGCUCUAAGCCUUGUACACAUGAUCAAGCUUUUUGAAGUAUGUAGAUUUUUAUUGUGGAAUAUCAUUAUUAUUUCAGCUCAGAGCAGCGGCCUUAAAGAAGAUAUGCCGACUCCUUUGAGUUGUAGAUCAGGUUUCCCUUAGGGACCUCAGCUGAUUAAUCUUGUAUCUCAUUGAAACCUUGACGGUGGAUGUAUGCGCAUACUAGAACGGAGUAUACCAUGAAACCUUAUGUUUUCUUCUUAACCAUUUUUUAAUAAAGAAGAGAACACCCAUUAACUUAA